AUGUCCAUCCACCAUCCUCAACCGGCAGACUCGGCCCUCUUCCAGCCACUGUCAAUUGGCAAUGGCAAAAUCACCCUUCGCCAUCGGAUCAUCCAUGCACCCUUGACACGAAAUCGAGGGGUGCCGGCAAGCCCUAUUAGCACGCCGGAGCAUCCCAACCGUGUCUGGAUUCCAGGGGAUCUGAUCGUCGAGUAUUACUCCCAGCGGGCAACUGAAGGGGGUUUGAUCAUCACCGAAGGCAUUCCGCCAUCACUUGAGAGCAAUGGAAUGCCCGGCGUUCCAGGCAUCUUCACCCCAGAACAACUGGAUGGUUGGAAAAAGGUGGUUGAUGCCGUUCAUGCCAAAGGAGGCUACAUUUACUGUCAAUUGUGGCACGCCGGCCGUGCCACCAUUCCGCAAAUGACCGGUUCGCCGGCCGUGUGUCCCUCUGCCACCGUUUGGGACUCGCCGACGGAGUGCUAUUCACACCCACCGGUGGGCUCAACCGCACCCGUGCCCUAUGCCCAUCAUCCCCCGAUUGAGCUGUCUGUGCCGCACAUCAAGCGAACCAUUCAGGACUUCUGCGAUGCCGCCAAGAACGCAAUGCAGAUCGGGUUUGACGGGGUCGAAAUUCACUCUGGCAACGGUUAUCUACCCGAGCAAUUCUUGAGUUCCAAUAUCAACCGACGCACGGACGAGUAUGGCGGGACACCCGAGAAACGCUGCCAAUUUGUCUUUGAGUUAAUGGACGAGGUUACCAAGGCCAUUGGUGAGGAAAACGUGGCGAUUCGGCUCUCCCCAUUUGGCUUGUUCAAUCAGGCGCGAGGCGAGCAACGGAUGGAGACAUGGACUCAUCUCUGCGAAGGCCUGAAGAAGUCUCACCCCCAUCUGUCAUACGUCAGCUUUAUUGAGCCGCGGUAUGAGCAAAUCUUCAGCUAUGAAGAGAAAGAUGCCUUCCUACAGAGUUGGGGACUCACUGACAUCUCGCUGGACCCAUUCCGCGAGAUCUUUGGCUCGACUCCUUUCUUCUCUGCGGGUGGAUGGGACGAUCAAAACUCAUGGGGGGUCAUCGAAUCAGGAAAAUACGAUGCUCUCCUCUACGGACGCUAUUUCAUCAGUAACCCUGACCUGGUGAACCGGCUGAAGAAGGGCCUUCCUCUGGCACCCUAUGACCGCUCGCGAUUCUAUGGUCCCUUUGAGGACAACGUGUUCCAUUACACGGAUUAUCCGACGGCGGACGAGCAAUGA